GAAGAAAAAGCAGCAUAUCCUUGUCAUUUACAAUUAGAUGAAGCAAGACCCAUUAAAAGGAUGCUAAAUAUAGCAGUUGAAAUAGAACAUUUAUUUUUAUAACAUUAAUUUCAUACAGAAAAAAUAGGCUCCAUUUUUGGUUUUUAAUUAACAGCCAUAAAAUCAACGAAAGUGUUGCUUUAAACACCAAUUCCUCUGCUAAUUCAUCCCCUUUUCUCUUCGCCAUCUGACCUUUUUACACAUUUGUCAAAAACAUUUCUAUGUUUUUGAUCUUACGGUUUUUCUUUGCGUUUUUUAUUUUUUUUAUUAUUUCAUUUCGUCGCCUUCAAGAAUUUGUAUAAUAAUACCUUUAUCGUAUAAUCAAAUUAAGACAUGCAGUUUGAGUUUAAGGCUGCAUUGAUUGCCGGCGACUUCUAUUGCACAUCAAAACCAGAAUUGAAAUUCCAUUUCUGACUCUCGCGAAAAGACAACUUGGGGAAAGCUUACUUUAAUUUCAUAUUAUAUACAUAUUCUUUACUAUAAUGUCAAACAACAAGAUGAAGGGUCUUUUAAAAGGCCUAAGAUACAUAUCUCAAAUAUUUGAUAAUGAGAAAGAGCCUGAAAUGCAGAUAGGGUAUCCCACAGAUGUAAAGCAUGUUGCCCACAUUGGAUGGGAUGGUCCCUCGGUGACUUCGCCAAGCUGGAUGAACGAGUUUAAAGCCCCAGCUGGUGGAUUUUCAUCUGCUCCUUUAAACAGCAAUGGAGAACCCAAAGAGGACAAUUCAAUAACCUGGGUUUCUGAAGAUUCUUCAAGUCGAAGAGGAUCAAGGUCGAGAGGAAUAGACAGAGACUUACCAGAAUUGCCAAAAGCAUCAAGAAAACCUUCCUCAACAGAAAGGCUAGAUGGUGAAUCUCCAACUAGAGAAAAAACAGAUAAGCCUAAACAAUCAAGGAAAUCUUCAAGAAAUGCAACGAAAGAUUUAGCCGAUGGAAAAUCAACUCGACAUAGUAAGGAUCAGAGCCAAGCAAGCGACUCGUUAUCAAACCUACCUGACAUUCCCAAGAAAACCAGGAGAAAGAAAUCAAAAGAUGGCUCAAACUCGAAAGCUUCUCGAGCCAAAGCACAGGCUUUAGAUGCAGAUUGUGGUUCUGAUUCUGGUUCGAUAUCCAACUCUCUUAAUGGUGAGCUCUGUGAAACUGCUUCUUCAAGUUUUAAUACUUUUGAUGAAGAUGCAGAAAAUGGGUUUUCUGGAAUUUCUUGAGAAUGUUUGGUUUUUUUUUUCUUCUUUUGGGUUAUUGUUAUACUUUGUAGCUAGAAUCAUUUUAGUUGAACUGAAGAGGGUUCACUUUUGUUUUCCUUCUCUUUCUUUUUUUCUUUUUAACCUUCACGAGACAUUUGUAUGAUCCAUUUUUGGUACAUAUCAUGUGUUAGUACCAAAUCAUUUUUCUGUAAAGAAGAGCCUUUAUGAUCAAUCUCACCAUACUUUGAGCUUAGAGAAGUACUUAUGUAUUCAUUAAAUGUCAAAGAACAAUGUCUGCAUAUUUGAAAUUAUCUUUUCAUAAA